AUCCUCAUGACCCUUACGCAGCCCAUUCCCGGGCAUGCGCUGUGUUAAUUUCUUUGGUUGCGGCCUAAUGGCUCUUCAAUGAAUCAUAUACCGUAGUGAAGUGUUUGGGAAGCAUUAGGGGGUCAUAGGUUUUGUGGUGUGGGAAUCGGAAUUUUAGCAUAGACUGGAUCAGUAAAACUGAGCCAUGGAGGCGGAUUAUUACAGCCCGGAACAUUCAGAUGCAGAUGAUGGCGGUGCAACCCCAGUGCAAGAUGAACGGGACUCUGCCUCCUCCGAUGACGAGGGAAAUGAGCGAGAACAAAGAUCUGACGCAGGAAGCCCCGAGCACCAGUCAGAGGAUGAGCAUAGUGAUGUUGAAGACAAUAGGCACAGAAGUGACAGUGGCUCUGAUAAUGAGGAAGGUGCAGAACAUGAAUCAGAAGAUGAGCACAGACCCCGCAACUCCAGUGACUUGGAAAAUCAUGGUGCAAGUGAUUCAGAGAAUGAAGAAAGUCGCAAUCACAUUGCUAGCGAUUCUGAAAAUGAUGGACGCAGACUGAAGGGCAGUGAUUCUGAUGGUUCUCCUGUGAAAGGUGCUGCUAGUGACUCAGAUGAAGAACCUGUAAGACACUCCGCAAGUGAUUCCGAAGAUGAUGUGCCACGUAAACAGCAGGCUAAUGAUUCAGAUGAUGAACGGCGCAUUAAAAAUACAGCUAGUGACUCUGAGGAUGAAGCACCACCUAAACGUGCAGCCAGUGACUCUGAUGAUGAACCUCCACGUAAGCAUGCAGCCAGUGACUCAGAAGAUGAAACUCCAGCUAAACAUGCAGAAACUGACUCUGAAGAUGAAGCUCCAGCUAAACGUGUAGCCAGUGACUCUGAAGAUGAAGCUCAAGCUAAACGUGCAGCCAGUGACUCUGAAGAUGAAGCUCCAGCUAAACGUGCAGCCAGUGACUCUGAAGAUGAAGCUCCAGCUAAACGUGCAGACAGUGACUCUGAAGAUGAAGCUCCAGCUAAACGUGCAGCCAGUGACUCUGAGGAUGAAGCUCCACCUAAACGUGCAGCCAGUGACUCAGAGGAUGAAGCUCCACCAAAACUUGCAGCCAGUGACUCGGAGGAUGAAGCUCCACCUAAACGUGCAGCCAGUGACUCAGAGGAUGAAGCUCCACCAAAACUUGCAGCCAGUGACUCAGAGGAUGAAGCUCCACCUAAACGUGCAGCCAGUGACUCUGAGGAUGAAGCUCCGCCUAAAGGAGCAGCCAGUGACUCGGAGGAUGAGGCUCCUCCUAAGCGUAAGGUUAGUAGCUCAGAAGACGAUGCUCCAUCUAAGCAAGCAGCCAGUACCUCAAAGGAGAAGAAAUCAUCAGAAGAUAAAACUCGUGGUAAGCGAGCCAUUAUUGAUUCUGAUGAUGAUGAUGUUCCAGCAAAGCAUGCAGAAGAAGAGACUCGCCCUAAAGGGAAAGCAAGUGAUUCAGAAGAUGAAGCUCCAUCAAAACAGCCCAGUGAUUCUGAAGAGGAUACACCAGCUAAGGCUGCAGCCGACAACUCAGAGGAUGAAUUUCCUCGAAUGAAGAGAAAAAUUGUGUCGUCUGAUGACAGUGAUGAUGAGAAUGAACGCAAGCCUCUCCAAAAAAAGAAAAAGAAGUCACCACGGCGAAGCUCAGAAAGUGACAGCAGUGACCGAGUCGGUAGAAAAAAACUUCAGGCGUCAGAGAGUGAUGAGGAGGGAGAGAAGGUUUCAAAGAAGAAAGCAACCAUCCUUUCUGAUAGUGAAGAUGAAAAUGCAGCUGAUCAAUCUGGCAAUAAAAAGAGCAGAAUAUUGUCUGAUGACUCUGACAGUGAUGCAGGUUCUGAUAAACCAAAACAGAAGAAGAAAAAGUCUGCCUCAUCCGACAGUGAGGAGGAUGAACUCAAAUCUAAAACAGAAGCCAAAAGUGCAGAUAAAUUGUUUGGCAGUGACAGUGAUUCUGGAAAUGAGGAGGAGAAUCUAAUUGCAGAUAUUUUUGGUGAGUCUGGGGAUGAAGAAGAAGAGGAGUUUACGGGCUUCAACCAAGAAGAUCUGGAAGGAGAGAAAGCUGUGACUUCAGCUAACAAGCAGCAAGCUGCCGCUGCAGAUUCAGACUCCGAUGAUGAUGACAUGAAACCUGGAAAAAUGGGUGAUUUUAAAUCAGAUUUUGAAAUGAUGUUAGAAAGAAAGAAGAAUAUGAGUGGCAAACGUAGAAAAAAUCGUGAUGGUGGCACGUUUAUCAGUGAUGCAGAUGAUGUUGUUAAUGCUAUGAUAAUGAAGAUGAAUGAAGCAGCUGAGGAGGACAGAAACCUUAACUCCAGCAAGAAACCUGCAUUAAAGAAACUAACAUUGCUUCCUACUGUUGUGAUGCACCUCAAAAAGCAAGAUCUGAAAGAGACAUUUAUUGACAGUGGUGUCAUGUCUGCUAUUAAAGAAUGGCUCACUCCCCUUCCCGAUCGCAGUCUGCCGGCAUUAAAGAUUAGAGAGGAGCUUCUGAAAAUACUUCAAGAGCUACCCAGUGUUAGCCAGGAAACUUUAAAGCACAGUGGCAUUGGUAGAGCUGUCAUGUAUCUCUACAAGCACCCAAAAGAAUCAAGACCAAAUAAAGAUAUUUCUGGAAAGCUGAUAAAUGAAUGGUCCCGGCCCAUAUUUGGGCUCACAUCUAACUAUAAGGGAAUGACCAGAGAAGAGCGAGAGCAAAGAGAUCUGGAGCAAAUGCCACAGCGCCGAAGGUUAAGCAGUUCAGGGGGGCAGACACCACGCCGGGACCUGGAGAAAGUUUUGACGGGAGAAGAGAAAGCUCUGCGACCAGGUGACCCAGGAUUCUGUGCUCGUGCCAGAGUUCCUCUACCCUCAAACAAAGAUUAUGUAGUCCGUCCAAAGUGGAACGUGGAUAUGGAAACCUCUAGGUACCAGGGAAGUUCUAAAAAGGGGGUGAGCCGACUGGACAAACAGAUGAGGAAGUUUGUAGACAUCAAGAAAAAGAACCGCUUUGGUCAUGCCGUGAAAAUCAGCAUCGAAGGGAAUAAAAUGCCCUUGUGACACUUACUACUGGUUGACCCCACAAACUCCUCACUAGUGUGUCUUAGCUUUGGGGCAUAGUACUGCUAAGAUCAUUAAAUUGGACUGUUUGGAGACAUUUCCCAACAUUUUUAAACUUCUUUUUCCUUCCCCCCCCAUGUAAAUGUGUGCAAAGCCUUUCAGAGGAGCCAGCCUAUGGUGCUUCCCCGUUGGUUCCUUUCAGAAGAUGAACUGUACUCCUUAUUUCCAGGCUGUAUUUAAUGCUGUUUGUACAGAUCCAUUUUCUUCGUACCUCAUUGUCUGGAAAUCGGACAAUAAAAUUCUAUCGUGUUUUCUA